AUUGAUCCACAAUAAUUCUCUCUUUCUUACUGAUCAGCAGUUUGAAAUAAAUUCUUCAUCUUUAAGCCAAUUUUAUAAAAAUUCAGCGACAUGGAGCAUAAAACGACUGUCUGCCAAGAAAAGCACACCCACACCGAAAAAUGCCGCAUGGAAUCUCAUGGUCAUCAGGAGACUGUACACUCUGGAUAUACCCACACGGAAGUUCGCGCACCGGUGGUUGCCCCAGCACCACCGAUUGUGGCCACAAAUGUUGCCGGAUUAGCUGAGGAAGUUGUCGGGAAAGGUUUCACCGCAUCGGCGGCCAGAAUUACCAGCACCAGCCAGGAAGCAUCGUUAACGCCUAGUCCUCAAUUACAAGAAGCAGCCAGAAGAGAUGAAGAACGAUAUCAAAGGGAACGUGAUGCUAUCGCUAUGCAGCAUGAGAAGGAUCUGGAAAGAAAAACAGAAGCCUACCGUAAAACAGCCGAAGCAGAAGCUGAAAAAAUCCGCAAGGAGCUGGAGAAGCAGCACGCGCGUGAUGUGGAGUUCAGGAAAGAUCUUGUUGAUACCUCGAUUCAAAGGCAAAAACAAGAAGUUGAGCUGGAAGCUAGGCUGGCGAAGAAAGAACUAGAAAGGGAAGCCGAGCUUGCAAAGGAAGCGCUUGAAAAGUCCAAGCUGGCCACCAACAUCGAGGUCAAAUUCGACAGCGCAAUUGGACACACAGAAUCAGCCGGAACAACGGUUUCCCAAUCGGAAUCUGUUACCAGAACAGUAAAGCAGUAAAACAGUGAUAUUAAUCUUUUGUGUUUACUGUUUAUUUUCGCUUGGCUUUGUCAGAGGUGAUUCAUUUGAAAUUCUCUCCACUAAUCACUAUAAGUGUUUUGCCAGUUUAAUGGCUUUUUAUAUCCGCGCGAACAUUGCUUACGGCUGCACAGUGGAAAGCAGCUACAGCUCAUUGUCAGCAGGUAGCAAGCAGUUUAAAUUAAAUUUCUCUGGCUUUUAUAA